AGCAACAACAAGCUAAUCUACCCGGAUCAAAUGGUUAUUUCGCUUCACAGCAAUAUUAGUUUUGUACAACAAAAUUGGAAGGAAAAGCACUCGGGAAAAAAUCUGAAUGGUAGGACAGUGAUUUGCAUUGAAAAAGUGACUUUUUAAACCUUUAUUUAAAACAAAAUUCUGCGUGGGAGAUCCAACCAAAAUAUCAUAUGCUUAGACUAAAUUACCUUCAUGUAAGGAGGCUUCACAAUUAAUCUACAUUUAUAAAACAAUUUUCAUUCGCUACGGACCUUCAAAAGAGCAAAAUCACUUCAGCAUAGUCUUAUUUAAUGAACAAUGGCGCUAGAACGAAGCAAGGUGUUUUAUAAAUUCGAACUCUUUAAGUAUUUAUUCGGAGCAAUAUUUGCCUGGUCGGAUGUUGGGUCUGACAUAGCAACUUGUAUCUUGUACUAUCGACGUUCACAGUUCGAAGAGUUUGGAUUUUGCUUGGCUUUUGCCCUCGCUCCUUCAAUAUUCAUGACAGUAGCUCAUCUUGUACAGCAUUUAAGGUCGGAUGGAAUCGUGAAUAUCAUUGGUAAUUUGGUUUAUUAUGCAUUCUUUGGGUCUGGAAUGAUGAAGAUGAAAUUGUUUAUAUUGUGUGUAAAGAAUUUUAAAGAGGUUUGGAGUCGACCAGGAUAUCUCGUGAUGAAAGAAGACGAAAAGAACGAUAUCCGGACAGUUGCUGUCUACGACUACAUACAAACACUCCUGGAAGACAUCCCUCAAAUGGUGCUCCAAAUCUACACAUUAACACAGCAGGACACGUCAAAUAUUCAUUGGAUUCAGUUCGUAUCGAUUGCUUUGUCUUUUGUAAAUUUGAUAUUAACACUGGCCUUAUUUGAAAACAAUACUCUCCCAGGCGUACAAAACGUCAAAGCUUAUAUUCUUGUUAUUCUAUUUUACAACACUUUUCUUCUUGCUGCACGUAUUGUGACAAUAGUAUCCUUUCUUAUCGGAUUUUCUUGGAUUACAGCUAUCAUUUUGGUCGUCCAUGAGCUGGUUUGCAUUGUAUUCUACUACAUCAAAAACCGAAAACGCUUUACGGACAAAGACGUUUGGUGGGUUGCUAUUAUCCUUCUUCCCUGCUAUAUCUUCACCUACUUAGGAUUCAAGGUCAAAGAGAUUCGUUUGCGUUCAUUCGAGCUCAAGAUAUCGAGGUCUCUCCUCUCGUCCAGCUUGUACUACGCGACAUUUACCAUAGAAAAUAUUAUGAUGAUGAGUUUAUAUUAUUCCAAGGCUAGUGUAAGAACAUGGUACUCAUCUGGCGCCACAGCUGCGGUUAUAAUGAUGACCUUAGUGGGAGUUUUCCUGAACCUUAUAUUCACUAAUUUGUACUUCAGGGAUUAUCACCGCACGAGGCACAUGAUAAGUCAUCAAGGGGUCCGCAGGGCGUCCAGGUUUGAACGAAAUUCCAGGGUACGGUUUUCUCGCAGUGUUCGUGUCCAUCCGCAUCCCUUGGAUCGAGAUCAGACUGUUACUGAAGUUAUUCGUUAACAUGUAACAUUCUGCUGCAUUGCAAUUGCCGGCAAGACCUAUAUCUCGCGGUGGGCAAAUCUCCUUUAAAUGUUUCUUCAAAUGUUUCUUGUGAAGUCACUCGUAAGCGAGGCUAGCGGGUCAAUUGACCUACCGUAUUCUCGUUUGCGCGUAAUGUUUCUUCAUCCUAGCACCGCGUGCCAUUAUUCGCCCCAUGUAAGGGAAUCCGGACUUAUGGUGGAUUCCGGAUUCCAAAACUUUUGUAUUGUGGAUUCCGGAUUCCAUAUCGUUAAUUUUCAGAUACUUUCUCUGAAAAUUAUAUUUGAUAUACUUGCCAGUGUAACUAGGGAGGUGUCCCUGUUAUAUAUAACUAGCGUGAUAAAAAAACAUUUGACAAAAGAGCAUACAUUAAGUUUCAGGCACCAUGACGUAUUGCAAAUAGCCCACUCCUCCUUUUUGAAUUCAUUUGUCAUAUAACCUCUAAUAUUAAACGACAAUUUCCUGAUCUAAAUUUCAAUUUGAUUAUUGUUAAAGCGCGCCUUUUACAUUACCAACAUAUUGAAUUGUACUUGUACAAGGCCUGGAUUCCGGAUUCCAAAGUGCUGGAUUCCGGAUUCCAAAGCCUAAAUUUUCAUGGAUUCCGGAUUCCGGAUUCCCUUACAUGCAGCGACAUUAUGUAUGAUUGCUAACGAUUCCCUAUUUUGAGUUGACACACUGAAUUUUUUUUUAUUUUUAUUUUUUAAUUUUUUAAAUCCAAGCAUAAUUCUUAGCAUUAUAUAAUGCGAAAGGAGAUAUAAGAGGUUAAUGCUAUCGAGGAUAUCUCCUAACAUCGAAUUGGAAUUAAGAAGUCGAUUUUUGUGUAGGGAGGAUAUCCGGAGAACCUGGAGAAAAACCCUCGAAGCACAGGAGAGAACCGAUCGCAUUGGUGAGAGGCGACACAUUAGCAAUGCAAGCCCGAACCCGUGUUUCUGAAAAAAAACUACAUUGCACGAGUUGUUCCAUUUGCAACAGGUACAAAUAUCUUUUUAUUGUGAAUAGGGAAAACUUAAUGCUAUGACAAUUAUCUGUGAGUCCUAUUGUAUUAGUUUCCGAGAAUUAAUCAAAUGUUACUCUAGUAUUAAUAAACGUGCUUCUAGACAUAAUUCCAAGAAAUUUCUAGCAUUUCUUUAUAGGGGUAACUACUUUGUGCCUUACCUUCCAAAUAAUGGGUUGAAAAUCCUAAUCAUGUUAUUUUAACAA